AUGGCGCGUCAAGCAUCAGCACGUAAAGGCAAGAAGGUCCUUCGGUCUUCCAGCGUCAAGGCCAAUGACAAGGCCAAUAGUGGUGCUACUCAAGGGAAGAGGAAGCGAGGAAAAGGCCGCCGUAGUCAACUGAACGACGUGUUUAGUGACGACGACGAAGAAGCUGCGAACCAGGAGCGUACCAUGAACGCCCGUGCAGACGUGGACGAAGUGUUUGAGUACGAAGAACCGACGUUUGGAAAGGAGGACAACGACUCGGAAGUAGACGAAGACGAGGCGUUUGAUAGCGACGACGAGGCUGCGUACGGUCUUUUUUUUCGUGGAAAAAAGACGAACAAAAACGAUGAACAAGAUGAAGGAGGAGGAGAAGAUGGAGAAGGUGAAGACGGAGAGUUACUGUCGGACCUUUUGGGUACUGCAGCUUCUACUAGACUGUCAAUUGCUGCUGAAGAAGAUGAUGGUGAUGAUGAGGAGGAGAAGGUGAAGAAUUUGAGCAAAUUGGUGGACGGCUUGGUGGCGCCAAAGAGCAGGAAGAGAGUAGCCGAGAUUGAUUCGCAGUUCGCCAGUGAAACAGGUGAUGGAGAGCUGACGCUUGGCAGUCUGCUUACUACGCAGACAGUGAAGCCAGGAGCUGAAGCUGCUGAAGGCGAAGAAGGUGGGGAGGCUCAAGAAAAGACCAAGACGGGACUGGACUUGCGACGCAUUAGACAGCAGGUGAGAGAACUGGAAGGGGAUGGCACGACGCUGACGCUCCAGGCUAAUCGAGAUGCCGUGCAAGAUGCGCGUGCCCAGCGAAAAUUGGUGUACGUGGAAAAGACCAAAGACAUGGAUCUCUUUGAGCCUGUUGUGCGUCGCAAUCGACAGAAGGAGACGCUGGAUCUGCGUGUCCAAGCCCCGAAGCUGGAGAAGUUGACGCCUGCUGCAUUGACGAGCAAGUUUGUUCCUCAGACAGAGAUGGAGAAGAGCGUUGCGGCUUUACUGGAAGCUGGUGAUUUGAGCGACAAGAAACUGGCCAAGGAUGAGGAAGAGGAGCUCGCACGGAAGCAGGUAUCGACUGAAGAAGUGGCUGUACGACAGAAGGAGCUCUCGAAACUGCGCUCACUGCUGUUCUACGAGGAACAAAAGACGAAGCGUGUCAAGAAGAUCAAGAGCAAGCUGUAUCACAAGAUCCGUAAUUCACAAGACAAGAAGGCUGUGGCAAAGCAGAAGGAAGAGCUACGUGCACUUGAUCCGGAAUUAGCACGUAAGCUAGACGAAGAGCUGGCAGAUAAGCGUGCAGAAGAACGACUCACGCUCAAGCAUCGUAAUACGAGCAAGUGGGUGAAGCACCAACUGCGUCGUGGUAUCCAAGCAGAUGAUGCGACGCGUAGUGCUAUUGCUGAUCAACUCCGUCGUGGCGAGGAGUUGCGUCGAAAGAUGAACACUGUCGAUGACGAUGACGAGGAUGAGUUGGAUGUCGAUGACGAUGAAGGUGAUGAUGAUGAAGGUGACGCGGCUUCGCGCCUGCAAAAACGGUUGGAACGUCAAGCGAAUGCUUUGGUCAUGGAGAUCGAUGCAGAUACCGAGGAAGCUGGUAAGAAGCGCGGUCUUCAGGGAAUGAAGUUCAUGCAACGUGCAGCUGAGAAGCAGCGUGAAAAGGCUCGGGCUGAGGCUGAGAAGCUCCUUCGUGAGAUUCGAACAGGCGACGGUGGUGAUGGUGAUCGCAUCCUUUCCGAGGGUGAUGACUACCUUAGCUCUGGUGAGGAAGGUGCUGUUGCAACAAAGCGUAAACGUGUCACGAAGGCAAAAGCGAACGUGGUGGUGACUGAUAAGGACAAGGCAGUGGUAGAUCAGGCUCUCGCUGGAGGAGCGUUGCAAACAUCUAACGUGAGCAUGACUGGUGGCGUGUCAGCUCGUGCUUCAGGUGUGAUUGCCAUUGACCUUGGUGAAGGUGGUAGCACCGUCACGGUCUCCGACAAAGACGACACGGAUGCGAGUAAGGUUAUUGAACUCGGUGUCGAGAAGACCGCUGCUCUGAAGUCUACACAUGUAGCUAAGAAGUCUCGACCAGAGGUGAAGACCAAAGACGUUGAUGUGGAGCCAACUGUACAUGGUGAAGAGAACCCGUGGUUGUCAAGCACUGCUACCAAGAGUAAACUCCGUCACAAGAAGAGCAAGAAAAAAGCACAGCAGCAGAAUGGAGGUGCACAGCCAGACGUUGCAGUGGCUAUUGAAGCAUUGGCGCAAGACACGAAAGAGUCAAUGAUUGGCAAGUUCUCGAUCACUUCUACUCCUGGUCUUGAAAACUCGAGAGGGUCAAAGAAUAGCAAGAAACGAAAGCUGGAUGAAGCCAAGACUGGAACGUUGGAGGCGGUCGAGCAGACCGUAUCAGGCAGCAAGAAGCUGACGAAAAAGUCAAAAACGAAGGCAUCGGGUGCUGGUCAAGACGAGCUUGUCCGUCGUGCUUUCGACUUUGUUGCUGAUGAAGAGGACGAACUUGCUAAAGAGAAGGAUCGAUUGGCAGGUCACGAUGCUGACGUGAAAAAAGGUGCCGAGAUCGCUAAGCUCGUGGGUAUGUCUGGAUGGGGGAGCUGGGCAGGUGAUGGUGUUCGCGUGUCCAAGCACCAACUUGCACGUGAGCAGAAAGCCAAGACGAUUGCAAUAGAGGCCAAGCAAAAGGCUUUGGCUAACCGCAAGGAUGCUCGUCUCGACAAGGUGCUCAUCAAUGAAAAGAAGGACAAGAAGGCAGCCAAGUAUAAGGUCAAAGAUGUGCCGUACCCUUUCACGUCUCGAGAAGAGUACGAAGCUGCUAUGCGCAAUCCUCUAGGCAGCGACUGGAAUACUGCGCAAGUGACCAACGUCCUGACAGCUCCCAAGAUCAUGAAGCAUGCAGGGACAGCCAUUGCUCCACUUUUGCUGUCGAAAGACGAUCGCAAACAAGCCAAGAAGGAACUGAGUCUCAAGCGCAAGGCCAAGUUUUGA